AUGAUGGUGGGUCUGUAUCGCGAUGUCGCGACGGAAACGCUACAGAUGCAAGUGUUCAUGUACGAACCGUUCAUCGAUGAAGAAUAUCGAGGACAAAUGAUUGCGCUGUGGGAAGGAACUAUGAAACACAAGGGAAAGAAUGAUGUGGAAGAGAGUGAGGGGAAGAGAAUUACAAUAAGCCCGGUGAAGUGGAUUGAGACACCACAACAGCCUGAUGCCGUUAGCUGUGACAUCUUUGUCGUAGCACAAGCGUACAGCUAUCUUUUAGAAAUAUCUCAUUUCGAAGACCGCUCCAUAUCGAUGUAUCACGCAGAUAAAACUCAUCAAAUUCACGAGCUAUUACAGAAGCGAUUAGGAUAG